AUGGGAGUGGUCUUCAACACGGAAGCUUAUCUCGAUGCCCCUUCAGGACCAAGGAUGGAGUUUUACAUAAGGGACAACAUUGACCAUCAGAUAAAAUGUAUGGUGACCGGCGAUCAGGCCUAUGCCUUCCGGGAUGGUCUUGAUUACAUGAGUGGUGGGGGUCGUAGACAUGUUAUUGUGGCCCCUAAGAUGUGGAGAUUGAGUAGAACUUCUACUAAAAUCACUUAUACAGGUUAUUUUGGUUCUCCUGAAAUAUGGCUUGAGACCGAAGGUGGAUUUGCGGACUUCAGGUUCAAUCCGCAGUUGCCCGAGGUUGAGGAAUUCAGGCAGUCUCUACUAAAUAGCGACCCUUAUGUUUAG